AUGCUGAUCCUUCUCGCUGCCAUCUUUGCCCUUCACAUCAUCGCCAUCGUCAUCCUCUUGGUGGCCACUAUUGACAAUGCCUGGUGGGUGACUUCUGAUAUAUACACGGAUAUCUGGGGACGCUGGGUUGAGACAGAUGGGGUGUGGAACUUAACUGAUCUGCCCUCUCACUAUCCAAAGGAAUACCUCCAGGCGGUGCAGGCCAGCUCAGUGCUUGCCUGUAUAUUCUCCAUUCUGGGCAUCUUCGUGUUCGUCGCACAGCUCUUCACUUUAACCAAGGGCAACAGGUUCACCAUCUCCGGCGUCUUCCAGUUCCUCGCAUGUCUGUGCAUCAUGAUCGCAGCCUCCAUCUACACGGACCGCUUUCACCUCGAAGAGAAUAACGGCAACUACGGUCACUCCUUCAUCUUGGCCUGGAUCGCCUUUGGUCUGACGUUCAUCUCAUCCAUCACCUACUUUGUGCUACGUAAAAAGACAGCAUGA